CACAAAUCAAAGAUGUUAAGAACCAACCUACGAAUAUUCCCGAUGCUAUGAGGAACAAUAUACACAGGAGACAACUGCAAGGUGCUGGUAUAGCAUUCAGUGUUUAUCUUGACCAUGACUUGGAUCUUGGUGCGCCUGAAGUUUUAAAGUACAAUAAGAUUAUUACCAAUGAAGGUGGUGGAUACAAUUUAAACACUGGGGCUUUUAUUUGUCCGGAAAGCGGAAUGUACUUGCUGUCAUUUUAUAUAGGAGAAAGAGGCGGCUUAUCACCUCAAGGGGCAUACAUCUACCUGAAGGUAAACAAUGUGAACAUUAUUGAUGCAGUGGUGGACGCGCCUCAUUACACACAGGAUCUUCAGGGCGGAAAUACAGUUAUCAUUCGUCUGAAAGCUGGAGAUGUAGUAAUUACUCAACACGAGGACAGUGGUGGCCAUGUGGAAGGAGCGGCAGGUCUACGUCUCACUUCAUUCUCCGGUUUCAUGCUUUAUUCCUGAAAAUAAAAUUAUGUGAGAGUAUACAUUUAAUUCUUUAUAAAUCAAUUCGUUAUGUUAUAACACAGGUUCUCCUCUUAUAUCUAAUGUGUUCCCUCAGAUUUAUUUUGAUACCCCGAUUUUGUUUUUUUAUAUAUUACUGUUGCCUUUAUGUAUGCUAGUGUAUGUUUAUCGGUCGUCCCACUGUCUACAUCACUCUGUUCAGCUCUUAAUAUUAUUCCGUAUCAUGUCUUUGUGACGCCAAAUACGUUGACCCGGCCUUAAUAACUUUGACCCGGACAUAUCAGUGACGUCAUAAUGUUUGAACCGACGUUUAUAACUUUGACCCGAACUUAUCAAGUCAUCUGUUGUGUGCUGGUGAAACAAAGAAAACACUUCUGAAACACGCAAAUAUAGCCCGAUAAAUCGAUUAUCAGAUUAUCUGCAUAUUGAUAUUGUAAAAUAUCAGCUGCUUGACAUAAUAUGAAGGCUUUUUGAUCUCGUUCGCUACGCUCACUCGACAAAAAGCUUCAUAUUAUGUCUCGCAGCUGAUAUUUUACAAUAUCAACAUGCAGAUAACCUGAUAAUCGGUACUUAUACGACACCAAACAAUUGUUUUCAUCUUAUAAAUGCGUUAUAUUAAAGCAAUAUCAUUAUGUAAUAAUAAUAAUGUUUUAAAGUUCAUGAGAGAGAUGGUGAUGUCCUGUUUAUGCCCAAAUAAUGACAAAUAGCGAUAAGAUGUAUUGUCUGUACUAAAUAUUACGAGAUAAGAGUGUUUGAGCCACACAUAAACCAAAAUGGCUGACAUAUAUUUUCCUGCAUACGCUGUCCUAGUGUUUAUCAUAAUUCAUUCUUUUUCAAUAUUACAAGCUGAAAAAGAAAAAGGCGGUUUUGUAUUAAAUCAAAUGGUUACAGGAAUUCUAGAUAAACAAAGGAUUCCUGAAGGUUCCAUUUUGUUGCAACAAAAUAAUGUGGCUAAUCAAGCAUAUCAAAUGGCUGGACUUCAGGAGCUGCAGAAAGUAACCAAGGAUCAAGCCGAUCAAAAAGCUGAAAUUGAGGAAUUGCGGAAAUUGAUCAAGGAUCAAGCCGAUCAAAAAGCUGAAAUUGAGGAAUUGCGGAAAUUGAUUAAGGCUCAAUCCAAUUAUAAAACUGACAUUGUGGAAAUGUGGAAAGUAAUCAAAGACCAAGCUAUUGAAAUUAGUAAAUUGAAGAAUAUGCAAGACUUACCCGAGGAUUAUGACACCAAAAUAACCAACAUUAAAACUGGGACUGACAUAAACCAAAAUUUGAAGAACUCACAGCUAAUACAGCAUGAACACAUUUCUAAUAACAUAUCCAAAGAUGAGAAGGAACUGGCAGGCAGAAAGUUAUAUGUUAAGGAUUCAGACCACAAAACAAACCAGCCUCUAAAUAACACUAGCAUUGUGGGGUAUAAACUACACAAGAGACUUAUUCAAGCUGGUUCUGGUGGUAUCGCAUUCAGUGUUUAUCUUGACCAUGACGUAAAUUCUGGCGCACAACAAGUUUUGAAAUAUAACAAGAUAAUAACAAAUGAAGGAAAUGGAUACAAUGUUAAUACAGGGUCGUUUACGUGUCCAGAAAGUGGAAUGUAUUUGCUGUAUUUCAGUAUUGGAGAGAGGGGCGACACUAUACCUAGAGGCGCUUAUAUUUAUCUGAAGGUCAAUAGUGUGAACGUAAUAGAUGCGGUAGUAGACUCUUAUCAUAACACACAAGAUCUUCAAGGCGGAAAUACAGUUAUCAUUCGUCUUAAAGCUGGGGAUGUUGUAUUCACCGAGGUUGAUGUCGGAGGUCAUAGUGAAGGAUCAACAGGAUUGCGCCUUACUUCGUUCUCUGGUGUUCUUUUAUAUCAUUAAAAAGUGUUUUACAUUAUCUAAUAACAAAUAUGUG